AUGCUCUCUAUUUUGGCCUAUUUUUUUAUUUCCCUGCCAGGUAGGUGGGCGAGUGCUCUGCGGUGUGGUGGCGAGUUGCGACCCAAUGCUUAUGCGCUACCCUUCCCCCCCUUCACUCUCUCCCAUGAUCCCAUCCCGUCUCCCCCUUCGCCCUGUCAGGUCAGGCGCCUCUGUAGCAACUUGGAGACCCUCAUGUUCCCCUACUGCCCUCCGCACCGCAAGGAGAUGAAGCUCUUUGUGGUCCCCCACACCGAGCAGCAGUACUUUGGAGUUCCCAAGAAUCUCAAGCUUCCUUUUCAGCUGACUGGGUGCACAAUUCUACUCACAGGCCAAGCGGUGCCGCUACUGGAGCUCUAUGACAAUGUGCAGGUGCGGGGGAUGGAUGGGUGGAUGGAUAGGAUAGUCACAUGUAGAUUCACAUGUGAGGAAUCUCAAGCUGCUGGCGGUGCCUCUGUUGGAGCUAUAUGA